AUGGCACCCAAAUACACCAAAGUCGUGGUCGCUGCGGCCCAUGCAGCCCCUGUGUUUAUGAACAAAGCUGCGACGACACAGAAAGCCAUCCAACUCAUUGAGCAGGCCGGCAAGGAGGGCAUCCAGUUGCUUGCCUUUCCUGAAACCUUCAUCCCUGGAUAUCCUUAUUGGAUCGAAUGCUACCCCCCGCUGAAGCAGGUGGGCGCCCUGGCUAAAUAUGCAGAGGAGAGCGUCGUCGUUGAGCCCAACGGCCGCGAUGUAAGCGCCAUCCAGGACGCCUGCCGUCGGGCCGGCGUAGCCAUCAACCUAGGUGUGUCAGAGCGCGUCGCCGAGGGCCACACGCUCUUCAACUCGCAGAUCACCAUCGACAGCGACGGCACAAUCCUCGGCGUCCACCGCAAGCUGCAGCCCACGUUCGUCGAGCGGCUCGUCUGGGCUCAGGGCAACGGGAGCACCUUGCGCAAUUGGCCGCUCUCCCUCGGCUAUAACGUGGGCGGGCUUGCGUGCUGGGAGCACACCAUGAAUGGGGCGCGCCAGGCGCUGAUCAUGCAGAAUCAGCACAUCCAUGCCGGCGCCUGGCCCGCCCUGUCGACCAUGGCUGGCUUUGAGGCUGUCGCUGACGCGCAGAUCGAGGCCCUCAUGAAGGCGCACGCCCUUACUGCGCAAGUGUUUGUCAUUACGGCGUCCAACUACGUCGACAACACCUGCCUCGAAUGGAUGGAGGAGAACCUGGGUCCGCAGGACUUUGUGAAAGCUGGAGGGGGCUGGUCGUCUGUCCUGCACCCGUUCUGCUCUUUCCUAGCCGGACCGCACACGGGCUCGGAGGAGAGGCUCGUCAAGGCGGAGAUUGACUUCUCGCAGAUAGGUGCGGUCAAGGUGUGGGUCGAUGCAGCCGGUCAUUACCAGCGGCCUGAGAUACUGAAGUUCAGCUUCGAUAGUCAGCCACACUGGGCUGACGAGAAGCUUGACCGCUUUCGGCCGCGGAACGAAGAGAGAAAAGCUCUGGAUGGUGGUGAAGAGCAAAGCCAGUAG